AGAGCAGUUUCCUUAUCUAUCUUUAAGAGAUAAUGACAAAUGUGGUGACAGAUUUAAUCUUAAUAAUUCAGCAAUCUGCCCUAUUUGCAAAGAGAUCAUAAAGAAAAAAGUAUAUGGAAUAAUAUAGGUGAAUGGGUUCCGGUGAAUAUUGUGGAGAAUGAACUUAUUAUCUCAAUUGUUGGAAUGCUCUUCAGGGUGGUAUCCCAGUAGUAUCUGUAAAAUCAUAGAUGAAAAUUUUGUCACAUGGGUCUGAUCGGGUUACACCAAUCACUGAUUGAAAUAGCCUGAAAUUUAAAAAGGAAAUGUUAUUAUCAGUGAUUUUAGAAAGUUUACGGCUUUACGCGUUUUCAUUAUGGAAUUUUUUAAGCGAUGAGCUAACUGAGAAGUGGAUGUAUAGCGAGGUCUAUAAUUACUACAAAAAUAAAGACAACAAAACCCUGAGUGAAGUGUUAAUUAAAAUCAGAAAAGAUCUAAAACAUUUCAGUAAAAAAGAACUAAAACCUCAUCUCCGCGAAAAAGCAAAAAAUAUUCUUGAUAAUUGGGAUGUAAGUAUUGAGCUCGUGAAUCAGAAAGUAUUGUCCAUUACAAUCCGUAAAAGAGUGGUGCUUCUUUAUUUUCAAGUUCCUGGUUUAAGAUCUGCUGGUUCUGUGAGGAGGAGGAACCUGCUACGUACCUUUCUUAAACAUCAAACAACUUGUCUGUUGAAAGUCAACUCUUCUAUUGUUGAGAGUACUGAGUGCAAACUUGUUUGGUCAUAUUUAUGAACUGCUGAUUCACGUCUCUUUUAUUUCAUUUUUUUAAAAAUGGACAAGAACCACAAAGAGAACUGAAAAAUGAGCGAAACAAUGGGAGAACUCCGAUGAUAUCAACGUAGAAAGAAUUGAAAAGAUUGUUAAUCCAAUGAAUAAAUGUACUAAUGACCUGAAAACGGAAUUUCGUAUACAAACAAUUAAGUUAUAUCUCUGUUCAGAAAACGAUGAUUGGGACUACAAAUAUGAUGCGGUUAGUAAAGCAAAAAGAUAUCUUAAAGCCGAACGCCACCUAACUUGAGCACAGGAGAUCCUUUUGGGCAGUUCUACAACAUUAUAAUAUUU